AAGCCACUCACCCAAAAGUCCAAUUCACGUUAAAUCUCACCCUAUGAAAUGGCGGCAAAUUUUAAAACUUGAGAGUAACGACAAUCCCAAAAACCUCUCAUUUCCCAAUUCAAAAAAACCCUAAACCCUAAAAAUCUCAAAGGAUCUUAGCUACUGUAAUCUUUCCCGUAGGAGAGAGAAAGAUGCGAUGGCGGAUUGCAAAUUGGUCGAAUUUAGACGAAGAAUUACUCGCUGAUAUCGCUGAUCACAUCGACUGUCUCUCCAAUCUAAAAAAAUUUCGAUCAGUUUGCAGGACAUGGCGUUCUUCUGCAUGUUUUUCAACCCAUCUUUUAUAUUCUACUCUGCCUCGUCAAAUAUUAACUAAUCAUUAUGUAUUCAGAUCAUUAUUGGGUUGCGAAAAUCGUCUCAAGUUUUUGGUUGGUAGUGUUGUAUAUUUAAUCCAACCUCUUAAUCAAAUACCCAACAAUUCCCAGAAAUUCUGGGUUGUUUCUCUUGAAGAAAGUAAUCCGGGUUUGCUUCAAAUUCGCUAUCCUCUUACGAAAAUACCCAUUGAUAAUAUACCAAAGAAUUUUCCCAAAUUGUUGAAUUCAUUGGAUUUUCGAGUUUCGCUUAUUGGGAAAGGCUUUAAAUUCUGCUUUUCGGAUGGUAGUGAAGGUGUUUUUGGCAAUUGGUGUGCAUGGAAGACUUCGCGUAAUUGGAAUAGCUAUCCGACUAUAACUAAAGUGGUUUUGUAUAAUGAAAGUGAUUUAGAAGGUGUCUUUGAUCAUGCAUUUGUGGUAUUGUGGUUGGAUCAAGGUGGAGUCUUGGGUGCUUUGAGACUAGGGAAUUGGUACUACUUGGGUGAUGUUGAUGGUGUUUGUUUCGACGACAUUGUAAAUUUCAAGGGGAAGGUUUGUGCUAUAGAUAGUAAAGGAGUGGCUUAUCUCAUUGAUGGUCGUGAGUCGAGGAAGAUGAAUGCCAUAUCUGGGCCAGUUUGUGCUGGUGAUGCUAGUGAUAGGCGUAAGCUUUUGGUGGAAUCACAUGGAAAGUUGUACAUUAUUGUUAGAGAGUGUUACAAGUUCCGGGUUUAUAGGUUGAAUGAAGGGAAACAUAAAUGGGAUGAGGUUAAUAGUUUGGAAGAUAGGAUUUUGUUUGUGACUUUUGAUGGUUGUUAUUUUGUUGAAGCUCAUGAUAUUGUUGGUUGUAGAGGGAACUGCAUUUUUUUCCCUAAAAACUGUUUUCCUAAUUAUUCUGGUGAAUACUACCCUGAUGAUGAAUUGUUUAAAGGAGCAAGUAAGUACCUUGAAAUUGGUGUGUUCUACCUGGGUGAGGAUCGUGCUCGGCUGAUAUCAUCUUAUCCAGGCUUAUCUGAUAUGUUCUGGCCACUCCCUUCAUGGAUUUGGUCUAAUUCAAGCUCUUUUACAUGGGUUUCUGCAGCAUAUGAAUUGCAACAGGAUUCCUCUAACCAAAAAGAGGUCCCAUGUGAGAACAGUGAUAAAUUGUUUCCUAGCAGAGAUUGGUCGGAGCUCCCCAAAGAAUUGCUGAAAGUGAUUGCUGAUCACCUUACAUCUUGUUUGGAUUACUGCAGAUUUCGCGCAGUUUGCAAGAAAUGGCAUUCUUCUUGCCAUCUUUCUGGACCUCUCCUGUAUUCUCAAUUACCUCACAAAGUUCGAACUCAUUACAUGUCCAAAGAUGAAGAUCGUUCCACCUUCCUUGUUGCUAGAACCAUUUAUCUUCUGCGACCUCGUGAUCAAACAAUCUCCCAUUCUUCGAAACCCUGGUUGAUCUCAGUUGAAGACUUGAACACAGGCAAAUCCCAAAUGUGUCAUCCCUUGAGUAAAAUCCCCUUUAAGAGACUGCCUGUGAAUUUUCCGAAAUCCUUGAAUUUCUUUGAGUUCCAGGUAUCCAAACUCAGUUUUGGGUUCAAAUUUUGUUUCUCGAAUGGUGAUGAAGAUGUUUUUAGGGACGAUGGGAUUUCAACGCCCUGGUCAGAUUACCCCAGUCCAAACAAAGUGGUGAUGCUCUCCGAUAACGCAACCUCCAUUUCUGAUUGUACAGCAGUUGUUUUGUUCCUCAAGUUAGGAGGUUCUUUGGCUUCUAUAAAUCUAAAGAAUCACUGUUGGGCCGAUUUCAGCAGUAAGAAUAACCAUCGUUUUGACGAUAUAGUCAAAUUUAAGGGGAAUAUAUGUGCUGUGAAUUAUGAAGGAAGAGCAUACCUCAUUGGCAUUGAUAGUUAUAAGAUGAGCAUAAUUGAUGCUAUUGCAGAUCGAUUAGGUUACUGCUAUUCACACAGACAUACGCGUAAGCUGUUGGUGGAAUCAUUUGGAGAACUCUACAUGAUUGUUAGAAACUACUCGAGUUUUUCGGUUUUUAGGUUGAAUGAAGCGCAGCGUAAGUGGGAUAAGCUGAAUAAUUUAGGAGAUAGGAUUUUGUUCGUCAGUUUUGACAGCUGCUUCUUUGUUGAUGCUAAAGAUGUUCCAGGGUGCAGAGGAAAUUGUAUUUUGUUCCCUAAAAAUUGUUUUCCUCAUCAUUCUGGAGGGUAUUCUCCUGAUUAUAAAUUGUUUGAAGGAGAAGAAAAUCACCUUACGAUUGGCGUGUUCUGCAUGAAAGAGAAUCGUUGUAAGGUGUUAUCAUCUUAUCCAGGCUUGUCCGGGUUGUUCUGGCCGCCUCCUUCUUGGCUCUGCCCUGAUUUGUUACCCUGUGAUUCGGAGGAAGCUGAGCAUAUGGACUCCUCUAGCCAAACGGAAACCAGCUCGGAGGAUGAGGAAGCAAUUGCAGAAGGUCUUAGCGAUGAUGAUCUAUAUCCAGCUACAAGGGCUUCUCUUGAGAUUCCUGAAAACGCUUCGAUGGGAAAAUUUCAAGGAGUGGAUGUAAGAUCAGAUUUGGUUCCAUAUCUGCGGAAGAUAUGGAGGAAUCAUGAUUUUAUUCAAGAUCAUGCAGUCCGAAGCAAGAGCCUUCUUACAUGGGCAUUAGAGUCGCUUGCAAAGAUGAUGAUUAUACUUCAAAACAACAGAGGCAAGAGGAAGUCUUUGCUGAACGAAUCGCAGAUUGAAUACCUGAACUCCACAUUAGUUGACCUUCGUACAAUGAAUUUCGAAGUAGGUUGGUUGGUUCCCAUAGUUGAGAAGGCCUUGGCACCUUAUAAAAGCAAGGAGCCGGGGGAUAUAGUGAUGGAGCUUCAAGUUGAUCGAUACAGGCUCCUGACAAAACUGGAUGAAGUCGAAAGAAAGUUGGCUGAGGAGAAAAGACUUGCAGCUCAGUCCCAAUGUUCUCUACGCCAUUAGUUACUUAGCUGAAGGAUCUUGUUCACUUGGCCUUCUUUUUGCUUUGAAUUCUGUCCCUUUUCUUCUUAAGUUGCCAACUUUCUGAUGGUUAAGCUUGUUCAAAUGAAGCAUACCUCCCUAAUGUUGAGGAUCUUUCUUAUCAUAGUUUAUAGGUACCUAAUACCUUGCAUAUAUGCAAUGCAACAUACCAUUUUUCUGGUUGCAAAUCCUCGUUAAUGCUCUAA